AUGCUGUUAGUGUGGCGUAACUUUCCCUCUUUUCCUUCCAUAAUUGUUUCAUUGUGCAAAAAAUGCGUUCACUGCACUUUUCCCUCCAACUCCCCUCUCCCCGAACUCAUAACCCAAACUCUCAAAUCUAUUUUGUUCCAGAGAAAAAGAAAGAGAGAGAGAGAGAAAAAAAAAAAGAAAAGAAAAGAAAAGAAGCAAAUACAAGGAAAAAAAAAAAUGUAUAUUGUUGCUUUAGUUUUUUUCUUCUCUCCCCCCCCACACGUAUUUCCGCUCAAAUAUUACGUCCUUGAUGAAACUUUUCACGAUAUUUUGUUUUGUUUGUUUGCCUGUUUGUCUUCGUUUUUCUUUACGUUGGGCUUGUGGUCAUUUUUUUUUGUUUUCUAUUGGUUUCGUCGUUGUUUCUUCAUUACUUGUUUUUUUUCUCCUUCUUUUCCUCCCUCUUCUCAAUUCUCGUGUGCCUUUUUUCUUUUUUUAUUGAUUGUUUGUUUUUAA